UCCAAUUCCAUUUUGAAAUUCGAAAACUCGUUUACCCUUGUUUAUUCACUAUCUUGAUUCUUAUUUCUGCCGAUUCAGGUUUUGUAUAUAUAUUUUUGAGACAAUGAGAGGUGGCAAUACGUUCAUCUCCCCCAUCCCAAUAUCAUCAAGUUCGUGCUCGUCAUAUUCAGUAGCCCAGACAGCCCCAGUAACCAGUAGUACAUUCUCAGAAACUUACUUUAAUUUAUUUAAAUCCCAGAAAAUCCACAUAUAUCAAUUUCUGCAUCAUAAUUUUAUCCCGAGCAAUAAAUCGAAACGAGAGACGACCUAGAAAUUAAAUACGAUAGUAAUUCGUUAACCAUCACACUCCUCCAGGAUGGAAGACAUUAAAUUCUCCGUAGUACCUUGUCGUACUCUUUGUUUAUUUGUUUUUUCUUUUUUUGCCCGAAAAAGAAAACAUGAAUCGGGUACCCGACGAGAGCGACUGGGUACCAAAAUAGCAAGUUGGAGAAUCAGUAUGGCCCGCGGGCGGCGCUCUGCUUAUGAUGGAUGCGAUUUCCUCCGCUUACUUCAUGUCAACUUUGGUUAAGGCGUUAACUGAUCCGAGGUGGGCUGCUGCCAUGCAGGACGAAAUGCAAGCUCUCAGCCGGAAUAAUACAUGGACUCUGGUUCCUCCGACCAACCAAACUCCUAUAACAUGUAAGUGGCUCUUCCGGAUUAAGAGAAAUGCCGACGGUAGCAUCUCUCGGUUUAAAGCAAGGUUUGUGGCUCGCGGUUUUUUACAACAACCUGGUCAUGACUAUUCAGAAACGUUCAGUCCUGUAACCAAACCGGCUACAAUACGCAUCGUCCUAUCUAUUGCACUGGCCCGAAAUUGGUCUCUCUGGCAACUGGACGUCAAUAAUGCCUUUUUGCAUGGGACACUCACGGAGGAGGUGUAUAUGGUUCAGCCACCUGGUUUUCGAGAUCCGCAGUUUCCCACACAUGUUUGCAAACUACGUAAGGCACUCUAUGGGCUCAAACAGGCCCCACGUGCUUGGUAUAUUGAGUUGUGCCGGUUUCUUAUCUCUGUGGGCUUUCAAAAAUCUCGUGCAGAUGCCUCAUUAUUUAUUUACUCCUCCCAUGGCACACUCAUCUAUUUUCUUGUAUAUGUUGAUGACAUUGUUCUUACCGGGAAUAAUGCUAAAGCAGUUGAGGAAUUUGUUCGUCAACUUACCCACAAGUUCUCGGUCAAAGAUUUGGGCAUGUUACAUCACUUUCUUGGGAUUGAAGUGGUUCCCACUCCCACUGGCAUUUUCUUGACCCAACGUCAAUACAUACUUCACAUUCUGGAAUCAUGUAAAAUGCAUGGCGCCAAGGAGGCAACCACCCCGAUGUGCACCAAGUCUUCACUUUCCCUCACAGAUGGUACAUCACCUGCUGAUGCUACACAAUACCGCCGCACGCUUGGUCUUCUCCAAUAUUUAUCCUUUACACGGCCGGACAUUUCAUUUGCCGUAAAUCGGCUAUCUCAGUUUAUGCAUGCACCGACCGAGACUCAUUGGCAAGGCGUCAAACGUAUACUGCGAUAUCUCAAAGGUACGUUGGACCAUGGAUUAUUUCUUCGUCGCUCAUCACCUCUAACCCUCUCGGUCUUCUCAGAUUCCGAUUGGGGUGGUGUGACCGAUGGGGGGAAAUCUACUACAGCUUAUGUACUUUACUCUGGAGGUAACAUUAUUUCUUGGAAGUCAGCCAAACAAAAAACAGUGUCCAGGUCCUCUACUGAAGCUGAAUACAAGGCUGUUGCAAAUGCAAGUGCGGAAAUGCUAUGGGUACGAAAUCUGCUCACCGAGUUGGGAAUUUCAUUAGUAUCCACGCCCCAGCUCUUUUGUGAUAACCAAGGAGCUACUUAUGCAUGCAUUAAUCCUGUGUUUCACUCCCGGAUGAAGCAUCUUGCAUUAGACUUCUUUUUUGUUCGGGAACUAGUUGAAAGUGGACAAUUGGUGGUCAAACAUAUCUCUACAAAGCAACAAAUUGCUGAUAUUCUAACCAAACCACUUAGCAAGACACCAUUUCAAUUUUUCCGAUCCAAGCUAGGAGUAUCCAACGGAUCCUCUAUCUUGCGGGGGGCGUAUUGAAGCAUAAUAUUAGUAAAUAUUAUCAUGUAUUUAUUACUUGUACUUAUCCCAUACGGUUAGCCUAUUAUCACAUAUGGUUAUGAUGAUUAUCCCAUAGCCUGUGCAGAGUUAGUUAUUAGAUAUUAUCUCUAAAUCUCUUCCAUUGUAUGCCUAUAUAAACACAUGUACGUAUCUCAAU